AUGUCGACACCUCUCUCUGACGCGACAAAGCGCCCAGAUUCGGCCGACGCCCAAUUUCGAGGCAUUCGCGAAUGGCUUUCCCAACCGGUCGUUGCCGCGUUCUGCGGAGGCGGUGUUGCUGGCGCAGUCUCGAGAACUGUGGUUUCUCCUCUCGAGCGCCUCAAAAUCCUAAUGCAGGUACAGAGCGUUGGACGAGAUGCAUACAAAAUGUCAGUGAGCCAAGCACUGGCUAAAAUGUGGCGCGAAGAGGGAUGGAGAGGGUUCAUGAGAGGGAAUGGAACGAAUUGCAUCCGUAUCGUGCCCUACUCUGCUGUACAAUUCAGCAGCUACAACUUCUACAAACGACAUAUAUUCGAAGCAACACCUGGAGCUGAGCUGACCGCCAUCACUCGUCUAGUGUGUGGCGGAAGUGCUGGCAUAACGUCCGUUUUUCUUACAUAUCCUCUGGACAUUGUUAGAACCCGUCUGUCCAUUCAAUCAGCAAGCUUUGCCGAGUUGGGUAACCGACCACAACAGCUGCCUGGCAUGUGGUCGACGAUGGCUACCAUGUACAGAAGCGAAGGCGGUGUUCCGGCACUUUAUCGUGGGAUUAUCCCGACUGUGGCUGGGGUGGCACCAUAUGUCGGGCUCAACUUCAUGGUUUACGAAUCUGUCAGAAAUUACCUGACGCCGGAAGGUGACAAGAACCCCAGUGCGGCCCGUAAGCUACUUGCUGGCGCCAUCUCUGGAGCUGUUGCCCAGACUUGCACGUAUCCAUUCGACGUUCUGCGCCGGCGAUUUCAGAUCAACACCAUGUCUGGAAUGGGCUACAAGUACAAGUCGCUCACUGACGCAGUAAGAGUCAUCGUGGCUCAGGAAGGAGUCAAGGGACUUUACAAGGGUAUCGCACCUAACCUGCUAAAAGUUGCACCAAGCAUGGCGUCCAGUUGGCUGAGCUUCGAACUCACUCGCGACUUUGUCGCAAGUCUCAGCCCGGAAGCAAGUAUCGAUCUCGACCGCCACCACGUCAAGUCAACGCACCGCAAGGCGCCCAAGAGCGACAAUGUCUAUCUUAAGCUCUUGGUAAAGCUCUACCGCUUUCUUGCCCGUCGUACCGACUCUUCCUUCAACAAGGUUGUUCUUCGGCGCCUUUUUAUGUCCAAGAUCAACCGACCCCCUGUCUCUCUGUCCAGGAUCGUUGCCAACAUCAACAAGGAGGGCGAGAAGCGCACUGUCGUUGUUGUCGGCACCAUCACUGAUGACAACCGCCUGCUCACCGUCCCCAAGGUGACCGUCGCCGCUCUCCGCUUCACCGCUACCGCCCGCGCCCGCAUUGUGGCUGCCGGUGGUGAGGCCAUCACUCUUGACCAGCUUGCCCUCCGCGCCCCCACUGGCAGCAACACUCUGAUCCUGCGUGGCCCCAAGAACAGCCGCGAGGCUGUUAAGCACUUUGGCUUUGGCCCCCACAAGGGCAAGAAGCCUCAUGUUGUCUCCAAGGGUCGCAAGUUCGAGCGUGCUCGUGGCCGAAGACGCUCUCGCGGUUUCAAGGUCUAA